AUGGAAAUUUUCCCGGACCCAAUCGUUGAGCGUUUCGUCGACGGUCGUUCGUAUCGUUCUGGUGAUUAUUUGACCAUAAACGGUAAAUACCUGGAUGCGGCCGCAAGUGAACGAGAUGUCCAAGUGAAGAUCGGUGAUGAGCUGUGCAAUCUGACGGCGUUAGCGAAUCGUGCUCUCACCUGUCUACCACCCGAUCCUACGAUAUCCAAUCAACUGCAAUACAACGAUAAACCACGUGUUAUUGUCAAAAUUGGUGGCAUGAAUUAUGAUGUUGGUGAAUUGGUAUAUAAUUCAAAAGAAUCAGAUAUAUCGCCCCAGGUGCUCAUCGCCAUAUCAGUUGCUAUCCUUGGAGUUAUUGUCGCGUUCAUUCUGCUUCUCGUAUUCUAUCGGCGUAAAAGCACGUCGCAUAUGCGCGAGAUGAAGCAUUUGCGCAAUCAGAUCGACCAAAUCGAAAUGAAAGUG